AUGCAAAACAAAAAAUUUGUUGAUAGUAGCAUUCAAAAAUUUAGUUAAAGUAUAAGUAUAGUGAAUAUAUUUUUUCUUAAUAUUGGAUUAAAAAUAAAAAACUUAGUAUUCUAAAUAGAAAUCAUUAGAAAUGAGCUAAUUUACCAAACAGCAAGGAAUAUAGUAAUCACGUCACAAUCAUAUGGAUUAUCGCUUACAAAAAUUUGUUAAAUCUUUUUAUAAACCAUAUAAUAUGAUAUUUUUCUUUUUCUGAUUAAUAAUAAACAUUGUAUUCAUAAGUAUUAUUAUAUCCAAAUAACAAAAAAAAGUCAAAGAAUUUACAAAUAAUUAAUUAAUCAAUAAAUAAUAUAAAUAAGAUCUUUGUUUAAACUUGUUUUCUUAAAAUAGUCAAUAAUUUUUCAAAAUAUAAAUAUAAUUAGAUUAUGUAGUCAAACACUAAGUAGCUAUAAUUAACUUUGCAAAAUAUUUCUGAGUGCUUUACUAGCACAGAAUGCAGAGAUAGACUUCUCAAAAUUAUGCAAUACUCUUGCUUGUGGAUAUCUUGGUACAAUUAUCGCGAUAAGAGUAGAUUUUCUCGCUUCUUUUAGAUAUAUUGUAAGUCUUGUUAUAAAAUUAAAGCUUUUAAUUUUAAUAUUUAAUAUAUGCAUAAUUAUUUACAAGAUAGUUUAAAUUUCUAAAUUUUAAAAUAAUAAAUCAUUUAUUAUAGUAGCUUUUUUAGAUUAUAAUAAUGAUAAUUUAGAAUUAGAAUAGCAGAAGAAUAUUUAAGCUAACUCUUUGUAUUUAUUAAUAUAGAAUCAAUUUACGAUGCAAGAAGAUUGA